AAAACACCGAUACAAAUCCUGCAUGAAUAUGGCACCAAAACGGGAAGUCUUCCUGUGUAUGUGAUGGAGAAGGCCGAGGGAGAGGCUCACCAGCCCAGCUUCGUCUCCAGCGUGACGAUCGGAGACGUGAGCAGCACAGCUCACUCUUAAAUAUGUCCUCGAGUUUUUUUUUUUGUUAACAAAGGUGCCUCACUUCAGACGUAGAGCAGUGCAGAUCCCAACAAGAGUUUGACAUUUUCAAAGCUCUCAGUGUUGAGUUGCUAAGAAACAAUCCAGUCUUAUGAUUGACACCUUUAAACACCUACAAGUUCAAUUAUUUUCAUUCAAAUUUCAAUCUUUGUUUUAUUGUUUCUUGGGUGUUAUAUCAAAACUAAAUUGAGUAAAGUGUCCUUGUGGGCUUCCAGAGUUUAAAACAGGGGAUUUAUUUAUUUAUUUAUCCGGAUUCACACUGCAGUAUUUUGGAUCAAUAGAUCACAGAGUUAAGUCACUACUGUUCUCUGAAGGUGACAAAUGCACAGACUCGUGUUUCUAUAUAUCGGUUAAAGUCAGGGUGUUUCUCAUUUGUAUGCAAGUGGAAGAAGGCUGUCAUAUUGAUUUAUGUGGGAGUGAAAGUCAGAUAAUAUUCUUCUGGGGUGUUGAUUACCAACUACAAUAAGUUCUAUAACAUAGGACAAGGUGGUAAAUAUAAGUUAUAAGAUUGAAGGUCUUCCCUACUAGUUUGAUGAUAGGUUGCCAAUGACCAGCAGAUGUCUGGGACCACCAGCAGAUGUUAGGGAGCACCAGCAGAUGUUAGGGAGCAGCAGCAGAUGUUAGGGACCACCAGCAGAUGUCAGGGACCACCAGCAGAUGUCAGGGACCACCAGCAGAUGUCAGGGACCACCAGCAGAUGUCAAGGAUAACCAGCAGAUGUCAGGGAUCACCAGAGGAUAUCAGGGAUCAAUAGAUAAUGUCGGGGACCACCAGCAGAUGUUACUGGUCCGCAUCAGAUGUUUGGGCCUUCCCUACUAGUUUGAUGAUAGGUUGCCAACGACCAGCAGAUGUUAGUGACCACCAGCAGAUGUUAGGGACCACCAGGCAUUAUGUUAUACCAGAAAAAAACAGACAUCUGAGUGAGUUUACCUUGUUUUUAGUGCAGGGAAUGGAGUUCCAGCAGCUGCUGUUGGAAGUGGGGAAGGCCCUGAGUACGGACAAUGUAAAAGCUCUAGCAUUUCUUUGCACCAACAUCCUGAACCGAAACACGGAAUCUGUGAAGUCAGCCAAUGACCUCUUCUCUCGUCUGGUGGAACAAGACCAUCUCUCGCAAGAGCGACCAUACCUGCUGACUGAGCUUCUGCGCACCAUACAACGCAUCGACCUAGUCAGAAAAUUCCAUCUCAACGACGGAGAACCUACAAGCCUCAUCUCUCCCUACAGGAAGCUCCUCUACAACCUGUCCGAGGAGUUGACUACUGACGACUCGAGUAAUGUGAAGUUCUUGUUGAACGAUGAGCUCCCAAAAAGAAUACUGGAUGAAAAAACUUCUUUGCUGGAAGUCUUCCUGAGGAUGGAGCAGAUGAACCUCCUGGGUGACAAUAACUUAAACAAACUGGAGAAUAUCAUUCACCCAGUCUGUCCCAGGCUGAAAGUACAGAUCACCCAGUUCAAGGCACAGCAGGAAUCCUCUUUUACGACUUUACCUUUAAGCACUGAAGCAAGCAACAGUGCCUGCUCACUAAGUUAUUUGUGCAGUGAUACUGUAGACGUUUCGGGUUCUCAAGAAAACAGGACCUUCUCUGAAAAUCAGACAUCUACAAACAGUAAGGCUUUGAGAAGAUAUUCCAUGACUCAAGCAAAGAGAGGUAUCUGCUUGAUUAUCAACAACUGCAAUUUCUCUCGGCCCAGCCUCAAACAUCGUGAGGGCACCAAGGUUGAUGAACAGUGUCUGAGCCAUGUGUUUAAGUGGCUGGGCUUUGACGUUGAGGUACAUCUAGACUGCACGAGUGAGAAGAUGCUGUCUGUGUUGCGGGAGCUCGGUGGGAGAGACCACAGGCAGAUGGACUGCGUGGCGUGCUGUGUUCUCAGCCACGGCCUGGAGGGAAGAGUUUACGGUGUAGACACUCAAACUGUCGACAUCAAAGAUCUGAAGGAGCCUUUGAAUGCACUUAACUGCCCGACUUUAGCAGAAAAACCCAAACUGUUCUUCGUCCAGGCUUGCCAGGGCCAAAAGGAGCAGGAUGCUGUGUACAUCGAGGCCGAUGGCCCCGAACCAAGUCUUGUUUGUAAUGAUGCUCUUAAAGAUUCCAUCCCAACAGAGGCUGAUUUCCUGAUGUCGAUGGCCACCGUUCCUUCCUUUGUCUCUUUCAGAGAUAAGAAGAAGGGCACCUGGUUUAUUCAGUCAUUGUGCAAAAACCUCGUCGAGUUGGUGCCAGGGGGCUUGGACCUCUUGUCCAUCCUGACCAAAGUGAAUGAUGAUGUGAGCCUCAAGACCAAAACCGAAGGUGAAAAAAAGCAAAUGCCUCAGCAAGCCUCCACGCUCAGGAAGAAUGUGGUCUUCCCGGUGCCUAAGACCCCUUCCCCCCGCCUGCCUUCUGUUUGAUUGACAUUAAAACGAUCCCCCAAGGACGAAGGGAAGCUUCAUCCAAAUGUGUUCAUACUUUCUUAUAACUCCUGGGCCAUCUACUAUUCAACGAUGUAGUUGGACACUUGAAAGUCAACCUGUAGUUGAGAUGAUUUUUUUUUUUUUUCAAUGACACAGUCUUACUGGUUUGUUUACACACAAGUACCAGCCCCGCUCCUCUAGUUGUAGCAUUUUCAAAGCUAAGUAUUUGUACUGUCUGCUGUAGCGAAUCUAUGAAUCAUCUCGCUCUCAGCCUUUAUUUUAUUUCAUUAUCAUUUUAUUUUACAUGCACUUUUAAAUUACACUGACACUGUGGACCAAUUGUUCCUGGGGCAACUACCAAAGUUUUAUUCUUCAAAUAUUUUUUGUCAACCAUUGUCAUUUAAAAUAUGCAAAUAUUUGCUUAAGCAGAAUACACACAAUGCUAUUGUGAAAAUAUUUUGUCAAUUGAACAUCCAUUCAUUCUGUGUGUUUGUAUUAAACUGGGACUCUUCAAACUCUA